AUGGCCGGACGUUUGCCAGCGAUUGUCAUCGACAGCGGCACCGGGUACACCAAAUUGGGUUACGCCGGCGAUCAUAGCCCUGAGUUCGUAAUCCCGUCGGCCGUUGCCAUCAAAGAGGAGCCCAAUGUUGGCGAUCACACCUCCAGACGCCUGACCAUUGGUGUCGACGUCUCCAUCGGUGAGGAGGCGCUCAACCAAUCGGCGCAUACCGUGAAGUAUCCCAUACAACACGGCGUUGUGGAGGACUGGGACCUAAUGAGGAUGUAUUGGGAAGAGUGUAUUUACAAGUACUUAAAGACUAAACCGGAAGAUCACUACUUCCUGGUGGCGGAUCCACCGCUCAAUACACACGAGAAUCGCGAAUAUAUGGCCGAAAUGAUGUUCGAGUCGUUCAACGUUCCCGGCCUUUGUAUCGCCGCACAGCCGGUGCUGGCUUUGAUCGCCUCGUGGGCGGCACAAGAAGUGGACGAACGCGAGUCCACCGGCAUUAUCAUCGAAUCGGGCGAUUGCGGCACACAUUGCACACCAGUGGUGGACAACUAUUAUGUGAUCAAUAGAUGCGUUCAACACAUUCCUAUCGCCGGCCGUCACAUCACUUUAUACGUACAAAACGUUUUGCGCGAACGCGAGUCCGCUAUUCCUCCGACUCAGUUGUUAGCGACGGCCGAAGCCAUUAAAGAGCAGUUCUGUUACGUGUGUCCCGACAUCGACACAGAGUUUGAGAGGUAUUACUCGAACCCAAACGAGUGGAUGAAGAAGUAUAGCGCCACGAAUGCCAUCAAAUUCGUUGGUCAGCAAAGCAUCACAAUAAUCGGAUCCCAAGACUGGUUGGAUGUGUGCGAGUCUAACAUUGUGUUCAUCGCAAACAUUCCCAUAGGAUAUCCCAAAACUGAUUUCGUGUCUCAUUUCGAGACUUACGGCAAAGUGUUGUCCACAAAGUUUGUCGACAGGACUGGUGUCUCAUUUGCUUUCAUUCAUUUCGAUUCAGGUCCGCCGCGAAAGUACUUCGGUCUCUACGCCAAGACAUUGCUGGCCAUUGGAGUGACGGUUGUGAUCAUCGGCGGACUCGUCUACUACUGUACUUAUGGCUUACGCUACGCCCUAAAAAGUGUUCGGCUUCCGGCCCAAUACAACGCCAAUAAAGUCCGCUACGUUCGGGUCGACGACGUGAUCGUCAACUAUGUGCACAUUCGCGGGCUUUACCUCGAGGCCUAUCACAACCAACAGCCCGAGCCACUACGCCAAGCCCAAACAUACCUGAUCAAAGAGUUCUAUCUCAAUGCUUUUACCAUUACCGAGACUGGGAGUGAGUAA